AGGGCGGGACCUCACUGUACCCAAAAGACACAUUUAAUAUUAAUGAAUUCGCGAAUUGGCUCCAACUCGCGUCAGUCCCCGCUGCGCGACUACCGGAGGCUGGCGGACUCCCUUCAACAUUAUUUCUGGGUAACGGCGCAAAAAAAAAAAAAAAAAAAAAAAAAAGUAGCCCCCCCCCCCCCCAAAAAAAAAUGUUGGCGACCCACUGCGCGGCGACUGGCUGAAUGGAGGCAGCCCUGCCAUCGAGCCGAGAUCGUCAGUUCCUGGGCCAAAGACAGCGACGCACACACCGCGCGGCGUGUUGACUUCUCCGAAGACGUCCAGCCCUCGGCCUCCCCAUGCCUCCAUCUCCCCUCGACGACAGAAUUGUGGUGGCGCUGCCAAGGCCGAUCCGACCUCAGGAACUCCAACUGCGACUGGACACCAGCUACCUGGACUCCAUCGCCUCUACCAGCAGCGACGAUACGGUCAUCGGCACCACCGUGGUGAAGAUCCGGGCGACGGCCAAUCUUGUGACGUAUAUGCCCUCAUCCAAGGGUUCCACGCGUUCUUUGUCGUGUGGAUGCAGCAGUGCCAGCUGCUGCUCGGUGACCACCUAUGAGAAGGACAGCCCCAGCCUGAACCACAGUCAGGUGAGCGCCAGCAGCCCCAACCUCAGCUAUGCCGGACCCCCUAUGCUCAGCAACCACGAAGCAUUAAGCGCCUCCAGCCUUGCCCAGGGCGCACCCAAGGCGCACGCGUCCACCACUGUGAGGGUCAUCCACCCCAAUGAGCUGGCCAAGCGCAUCACCUGCUGCCCCAUGGGUCACCCCGUCGGGCCCGUGCCGGUCAUCAUCGACUGCCGGGCCUUCACGGAGUACAACAAGAGCCACAUCCGGGGGGCGGUGCACAUCAACUGCUCCGACAAGAUCAGCCGGCGGAGGCUGCAGCAGGGAAAGAUCACCGUUCUGGACCUCAUCUCCUGCCGGGAGGGCAAGGACUCAUUUAAGGGCAUCUUUUCCAAAGAAAUCGUGGUCUACGACGACAGCACCGCGGACCCCAACAGGCUGGCGCCCUCGCAGCCUCUCCACGUGGUCCUGGAGUCGCUGAGGAGGGAGGGCAAGGACCCCAUAAUUCUCAAAGGAGGCCUUAGCUGCUUCAGGCAGAGUCACGAGAACCUGUGCGAGCAUUCGCUGCACCUUCACGAAGGUCUGGACUCGGGCGCAACUGCCGGCCUCUCGGGGCCGCUACCUCACACGCUGCCCUCCACCCCGGACAUCGAGAACGCGGACGUGACGCCCGUGCUGCCCUUCCUCUACCUGGGCAACGAGCGCGACGCUCAGGACCUGAACUUGCUGCAACACUUGAACGUGGGCUACAUCCUAAACGUCACCACCCACCUUCCGCUUUUUCACUAUGACACUGGCCUGUUCAUCUACAAGCGCCUGCCCGCCACCGACAGCAACAAGCAGAACCUUCGCCAGUACUUCGAGGAGGCAUUUGAAUUUAUUGAGGAAGCACACCAAGCCGGUAUGGGCCUUCUGAUCCACUGCCAGGCCGGCGUGUCUCGCUCCGCCACCAUCGUCAUCGCCUACUUGAUGAAGCACACGUGGAUGACCAUGACGGACGCCUACAAGUUCGUCAAGACCAGGCGCCCCAUCAUAUCGCCCAACCUGAACUUCAUGGGCCAGCUGCUGGAGUUCGAGGAAGACCUCAACAACGGAAUCACGCCACGGAUCCUCACGCCAAAGCUCGCGGGAGUGGAGACGCUUGUCUGAAAACCGCUCGCAUCACUCGCUGGGUAUUGAGUUCGGAAUGUGAGUAAGCCACUUUGUUUUUUUUCUUCCCUUCUUCUGAAUCUCCCCGCCCGUGCUCGUCUCGGACUCCGCAGAGCGCCAAAGCGGUGGGUCAGCAAAGCCGUGGGUCAGAACUGAUGAGGAAUGCCAAAAUAUCCCGACUGUUUGGACCUGGCCCACGUCCUGGAGGAGAGAGAGUUGAGAUGUUGGGACUGAGGUGGAGGGUGGGGGGGUGCGAGAAUGUGCUUGCUUGGGAAAGUUCCACGUGGGACCGCGGGGGGAGGAGAGAAAGCGUGAGGCGGGAGACGUUCACGCUUUACACUGUGGCACACAUGUUGGCGGGCCUGGCAAAUGGUGGUGCCGGUCAAAAAAAAAAAAAAAAAAGAGAAGAAAAUAAACAGUUGAAGACACGUCUGGUGUGUUAAUGUUCUAUUUUUAUAAAAGGGGUGACCAUGACAAGCCCAAUAUGGCUUACUGUGCAAUAAUUUCUGAAUGGAAUUGAUCUCAUGUGUAUAUAUUGGAAACAUUUCCAGCUCUCGGCUGAAUAUCGGUGUCAUGUAACGAAUACUUCUUGUGUGCGGUGCUUUUAAGCACUUAUUAGGGAUGGGUGUUACAUUUUAUGGUUGACAAUUAGGAAAUCUACGGAAGGAAAUAUGUGCCACCAGGAUUUGAAUUCAAAAUGUAAAGUGAUCAUAUUUUUAAUGUUAACAAUUCAACUGGCUACAAUUCGCCGUCUGUGCCACCAGGCGGGGUUAGUUCAGGUCAGAACCGAGCACCCGGCCAAUCGCGGUUACGCUUUCUUAGUCACGUGACGUCACAUACGAAGAAAGCGUAACUGCGAUUGGUUGGCUGUUUGGUUCUGACCUGAAGUAACCCCGCCUGGUGGCACAGACGGUGAAUUGUAGACAGCCAAUUGUAGCUGGUUGAAUUGUUGACGGCGGCACGGUGACGCAGCCCGUAAAGCGUUGGCCUCGCACUUCUGAGGACCCGGGUUCAAUCCCGGACCCGCCUGUGUGGAGUUUGCAUGUUCUCUCCGUGGCAGCGUCGGUUUCCUCCUUGCACUCCAAUUUCCUCCCACAUCCCAAAAACAUGCAAUAUUAAUUGGACACUCUAAAUUGCCCCUAGGUGUGACUGUUAUCUGUCUCCAUGUGCCCUGCGAUUGGCUGGCAACCAGUACAGGGUGUUCCCUGCCUCCUGCCCGUUGACAACUGGGAUAGGCUCCAGCACUCCCCGCGACCCUUGUGAGGAUAAGCGGCAAGAAAAAUGGAGGGAUGGAUGGUUUUGGAAUCAGAAAUCAGGGGUAAUGGCUUUUUCAACUAUUGUUGAUGUUUGGUAAGAUAAAAAUGCUUGCAGUAUCUCAACGUCAUCAUUUAUGACAUGAGAAUUUUAAUUUUUAUCCAGUUUGAACAAAAAUUAUAGAAGCUGAUACACACGACUUGUCUUCACGGGCCACAUAAAAUCAUGUGGCAAGCCGCAUCCGGCCCCCGGGCCUUGAGUUUGACACCAAUACCUGACACCUUUAAACCAUCCCAAUUCAAAUGUUCCUUCGGGUCCAGCUGGAACGUGCACUGGCGUGGAAAAAAAGAUUUGAAAAUCUAAUGAAUGACGGGCAAAAAAUGAUGUGCCUCAAAUGGGAUGGGCUUCAUUCAGCACUCCAUGCGACCCUCGUGAGGAUAAGCGGCAAAGAAAACGGACGGAUGGAUGCAUGAAUUGUUGAAAUUGUUGAAAACUGAAAUACAACUAUUGAAAAUGUGAUCACUUUACAUUUCAAAUUCAAAUCCCGUUUUCUGCGGCAUUUCAAAUUCAGAUCCUGGUGGCACAUAUUUACUUCCACAGAAAUCAUCUAUUUCAUUCAUAUUUUCGUCAUGUCGCCUAAUCUUCCGAGCCUUGUCUCAAUGUCAGAAUCACGUUGCUGACGUGUUCUCGGGACAGCAAACUGGACUGAAUCGACAGCAUCUCUGCUAUAUUUUUAAUCAAUUGAUUUAAUACAAGAUAAAUUAAGAACGAGUUCAAUCAAAUUUUUGAAAUUAAUCCAUUUAGUAUGCCCAUCCCUAAUAGUAACAGGAACAGAUGUUUAAGAGCAGUAGUUCUCAACUGUUGUCACGCCGGGACCCUUCAUUAUUAAAAAGUCGCGACUCACAACUCAGAAUAGAACAAUCAAGAAAAUAAAAUUUUAGAAAAAUAGCCUCUAAAAGCAUAUGCACAUCAUAAUUUUAAACACCAUUUCAAACGAGUCCCAAAAAGUCCAAAUACACUUGCACAUUGAUUUAAAAGAAGUUACGGGGCCGUCGCUAGGGCGCAGCUGCUGUAUUUGCCAAAGAUGGCCGCUUUAAUGAGUGAAUAAACGAUGUGAAUUUAAAUUAAAAAAAAAAUUAAAAUGCAGGUUUUUGUAUCUUUUGACUGGCAUUGUGUGAUGAAAUUGAAUUUCAAGUUUGUCUUAAUUCUUAAGUCAAGAUAGCGCGCGAGACUAUACGCGCGACAUUUUAGCCCGCGACCCACUUUUUGGUCCCGACGCAGCAGUUGAGAGUCACUUUUGCAUCUUUUUACCAAAAUAAACAACAACAACAACAACAAAAGAAAACAGGGCUACCGGAAAUAUUUUAAUGGAACAAAACAGACGGAUUUCACUGCCUGCUUUUCUUGCUUUUCUCAUCUCGACUUUUUGCUUUAUGCUAGCUAUGUUACAACAUGUUAUUACUGUGUAUGUGUUUGUGUGCGGCUAUGUAGCCCAAAUAUGUAUUUUAACCCCUGUCGUUACGAGCUAUGGUAUUAUGGUAUGGUAUUACACGGUAAUACCCCCCCUCCCCCCGGCAAGCGUGUCGUGACCUUUCAACUCUUGACACUAAGCGACAGCCGAGUGCGCGUUUCUGCCCGACGUGGGCAAAGUGUCGCUUUCACGCGCUGUUCCUCGUGCCUCGUCCGAUGCCUUAACUCUCGCAGACGAAUGCAGACCACAGUGAAGUCUUACCAGGGCCCGAGAUUAAAACCCUGGUUUGCCCUUGAGCAGGGGUGUCAAACUCAUUUUUCUCGCGGGCCACAUUGUUUUUCCGGCUUCAAAAAGAUUUCGUCAACUAGUUUUGGAAUCAAAAAUCGAGGCUAAUGUGUUUUUCAACUAUUAACCUUUGGUGACACAAAAAAUGCUUGUAAUAUCUCAACUUUACCAAUUAUGAUAUGUGACAAUUUGAAAUUUUGGUACAGAUUUUUUUUCUUUUUUUUUUUUUACAAGAAUCAUGGAAAUUGACACUCUAGAUGUGGCUCCGCGGGCCACGUAAAAUCACGUGGAGGGCCGGAUCUGGCCCCUGAGCCAUGAGUUUGACACCUGUGCCCUAGAAGAAUAUGUACAACAAGAAAUAACUGUAAUUUGUACAAUUUUUACUUUCGAGUUAUGGAAACAUAGCUGAACCAGUUUUUCUGCAAGUUCUAGGGGGAAAUCUUGGGGCAAAGUGACAUUUUUCGGCAAUUCUCUGCCAUUGUUUUGGGGAUGUGCUGCUUCAUGGAGCUCUUAAAUAUGGAUGCACACCAUUUUUGCUGCCAUUUUAUAUCAAAUUAUUAUGAUUUCUGUUGGUAAAUUUGCGGAGAAAAAAAAUAUAGGUAGCCAUUCAGCCCAGUGAUUAAUACCGAGGGCAAAUUUUGAGGCGACGAGAAAGUAGCAAAAUAAUCAAGAAUUGGGAAAAUAAUGCUGCAUAGGAUUGCUGUUCCUCAAAAUUGUCUAAUAAGAUUAAGAAUAUGAAUUAUUUUCACGCUGAAAAAAAAUGGGCAUGGUGAAAAACCUUUACGGGUAUUUUUAACCCUGAUCUCUGCGCAAUAUUCCUUUUGUUAGUUCCAGUUAGAAUAACAAUUUCAAACGUGGUCGCGAUAUGAAUCACGUCGAGCUGAACUGCGUGUAACUGUGAGUCAUUGAAAUUUAAAACAAAAAACAACAAAAAAAAGAUGAACUGUAAAUGCAUCUCUAUGCUAAAUAGUUUAAAAAUAAUACGCCCACACGCAAAGUUUUAUCCUCAGCCGCCUCGGUCAAAAAUGUUCAUCUUCGUUGACUCAUUGUGGAAACAGGUUUUACUUACUUCCUGUUUGGCGAGAGAAUUACUGAAGAUGACGACAAAGUGGACGAUUAAAAAAAAAAAAAAAAGAAAGAUGAAAGAAAAAGAUGAUCGCAUUUGAAAGGCUUUUCAUGUAAAAUACUGAACACGCUGACGCCAUCCUCACAAGUGUCGCUUUCGGUUCUCAUCCUUCGCCACUGUUUAUUUUCAUUUCAUUUGAUGCAUAAAUGAAGUGCAGCCAUGUACAAGUGACCAGCUGUUGCCCCCUCCCCAAAAUAAAAAAGGUACCAAAUAUUAAUUUAAAGCAGAAUUCACUAUAACUGUGGUCUGGCUUAGUGGUCAUUAAAUAUAACAUUCAGUCACUAAAACACUUGCUUUUGUUCCUCUCUUCAAGAAUGUCAAUAACUUUUUGGCCGCUCGAUUAUGUUAAGACAGGGCUGUCAAAUUCAUUUUUUUGUCGCGGGCCGCAUUGGAGUAUAAAAAAUAUUUCUUUAUAUCGCUUCCUCAUAUUCAGACACUAAAUUUAUGAACCAAGUUUGGAAUCAGAAAUCAAGGUUGAUGGGUUUUUCAACUAUUGUUGAUGUUUGCUAACACAAAAAUGAUUGCGAUAUCUCAACGUUAUCAUUUAUGAUAUGACAAUUUGAAGUUUUGGUCCAGAUUUGAACAAGAAUCAUUAAGUUUGACGCGUAUGAUUUGCCUUUGCAGGCCACAUAAAAUCAUCUGGCAGUCCAGAUCUGGCCCCCGGGCCUUCAGUUUGACACCUGUGUUUUAAGGUAAAUUUGAAAAAUCAUAAAUAGUAUAUUUUAGGACUAAAAUCAUUUGGCUGAAGUCAUAACUUUAUCAUAGCUAAAAAUAGGGCUGCUAAUUUAGGACAUAAAGCUCAUUAGAUGGUUUGUGUAAGAGAUUUUUGAGUACUGUAUGUUUUGCAUACCCAUACGGGGGAAAAAAGGGCAUCAUAUGGAAAAGUACGAGAUGAUGUAAAAAAGCGCGACAGUAAAUUUCAUAUUUCCCCCUGGUGAAAACAAAAGAAAAAAAAAAUCAUGCUAUGCAAAUGAAAAUGUUGCAGUUUUUUUUUUUUUUUAACAAAUUAAUUGUCGUCGUUUUGAGGGGAUGUUGCUGCAACUCUUUGCCGCAUGAACGAGAGUUUGCAAUCAGUGCGGAUUAUUUUUUUAAAAAAAAAUUUUUGUUGUUGUGUGUGUGUUCUUUUUCAAAUUCAAGUGUGCUGACGUGUAUCAUUGUGUCUGUGUCAACCGGUGCUGUGAAACUUGUAACUAUUUAGCACGUUUGUAGCUUCGGCGUUUGUAUUCAGCGAUUAGCCUUGGGCAAAAAAAAAAAAAAAAAAAAUGAGAGCUUGCCACCUGAGCCAACGUUAUUUACAAAUAAUGUAUGUUGUUCUUUUUGCUACACAUGGCUUUUAUUAUUAUAAUUUUUUUGUUUUGGUAUGCACUGAUCUAUAAGACCAUGUAAACAGUGUAGUUGUGUACUUUUCUCUCUACUUGAGGAAAUGAAGCAUGCUAUUCGCUCCUGGUGUGUGAAGGACUCUCGCAGUCCAUCUGGUGCUGUCUAUUUCCCGCGCUGCUUUUUAUUUUAUUAUGAUGAUUAUUUUUUUUUUAAUGCAUUACAACAAUAUCAUACAGCGUCUCUGCUCUGGGCUUCAUUAGAAUGAUUUAUAAUGCUAUGCUGUACAUUUUUUCUUUGUCUCUGAUCAACUGUCAAGUGUAUGCAGUACAACACGCGACUAUAUUUAAAUAUGUAUAUUUUUCUUUGUAUGCAUACAUUAUAUUCUGACUAUUUUUGCACUGACCUACGGACAAAUGGAUUUAUUUUUCUCCACAAAGGGUGCUAUUCUAACGGAGGCCUUGUCCCUCACCUUUAUGCAUGACUCGCUCUUCAACCCGUCUGUCAUCCCUCCUCUUACUAUCGUUACUCCUCCGACGAUUCCCACUGAAGCACUGUAAUUUUGUAAUCUCUACUUGUGAGCUUUGAAAAUAAAC